UAGACCUGACUGUAUAUUUCUUAGCGUUAUUUCUACAUGUUUACUCAUUGUUCCUUGCUGCAUUGCACACAGGCGCGCGUGUCGCUAUACAUGGAUCGAUUGGUGCUUGGCGCGCAGGCUCUGGUUGGUGUUGAUCAGGGUAUUAACAGGGUAAAAUGGACUUUCGAGUCCCGCUUAGGGCUAAUUACAACAUCAACACCAAACCCCACGCUGUCACAGUCGUCGAAUGCGCCCUCGGAGAAUAGGGUAAAUAACCGGCUCUAGUCCAGAGGAGGGUUUGUCCGUAGAGGAGACUU